UCUCAGAAGCUUCUGAGAGUUCUGCACCUGUCCCUGGAGUCACAGGUUUGGGCUAUUCUGGUUUUGGUAACGCCCAAUGGGAGCGAGGAGCCAACAUCCAGGAGUAUUAUUCCAAGAGAGAUGAACAGGAUGCAAAAGCGACCUUAGAAUCUGAGGAAGUUGAUCUAAAUGCUGGCUUGCAUGGGAACUGGACUCUGGACAAUGCAAAAGCUCGUUUGAACCAGUUCUUUCAGAAGGAGAAGAACCAAACCGACUACAAGUACAGCCAGGUGGGGCCUGACCACAACAGGUCAGAACAUUCACAUUUACUUCAUAAACUUCAUAUAAUAUAGUAGAUUAUAAUUUAAUUAUAAGCCUCAUCAAAAAGCAGGCUUUGCAUCUAAAUGUAAUGUAUCAAAGGGUUUGUUUUUCAUCUGGACUGAGAUGAUGACAGAGAACUCCUUGAUGUGUAUAUAACCUCAAAGAGAUCUCAGACAACUAAAAGACUAUCGGAUGUUACUAGAUCAACAAUAUCAUAUGGGUGAAUCUCACGAAAAUUGUCAAGAACAUGUCCAGGUCAUAUUUCACUCCAGAUUUAAAAGAAUGAAUUACAGUAAUGAAAACUGAAUAGUAUAACAACAAUGUACUUAGAGAGAGAGAGAGAUAGAUAGAUAGAUAGAUAGAUAGAUAGAUAGAUAGAUAGAUAGAUAGAUCUUUUUAAUGAAUAUUUAUUAACAUGAUUUGGGGGUGAAAUGUGACCUGGACAUGUUUUUUUUGUGAGAUUGAUCCAUGUAGUAUGUAAUCUUGAAGGAGGAAAACAGAGAUGCCAGAAAUCGCAACCUUAAAUGAGGGAAAACAUGUGACAUGACUUAGGCUACACUAAGAGGUCACAUGGUGAAGUAUGUGAUUGGUUGGGUUUAGAGGUAAAAUAAUAUCUGGCUGUGAUUUCUGGUGUCACUCGUCCAUCAGGGGUCAAGGCCUCCAGUACCUAGAAAGGAAUAACUCCAGUCUGUAUAGAAGUCUGGCAGAAAAACAAACCUGCUCGGGAUGGGUUGUCCUGUACGGACUCUGCGCUGAAAUGUCACUCUGUUGAUCACAUGUGCUGUCCGGUUAAGAGGAGUUUUAUUGCUGAGAUGACAAUCUUAGUAAGACAGCUGGGUAGGAAGGUUAUUGCUCGUGAGCAUGGCUCUACGAAGAAGCUGGCCGCCCAGUCUUGUGCGCUGUCUAUUGUCCGUCAGCUUUACCAUUUGGGGGUCAUAGAAGCCUACACAGGACAGACCAAGAAGAAAGAAGGAGAGAUUGUGGAUGUAUAUGAAGUGAAUCUCAGUGAUGAUGUACAGCAGCAAAUACGCAGUAUUGUGCAGGAACUUGGCAUCCAGAUCCCUUCUCCUCCUCAGGACUCCAACAGUCCGGUAUCUCUGGUGCAAGGAAAGAUGGCUCAGUUUGAGCCCUCACAGAGGCAGAGCAUAGCAGGAGUGGUGCCGUGGUCUCCACCACAGGUCAACUGGAACCCCUGGACCAGCUCCAACAUUGACGAAGGACCGCUGGCAUUUUGUACCCCAGAACAGAUCAGCACAGACCUGCAGCAUGAGCUCAACUAUCAGCUUGAACAGGACAAAAAUCUGCAGACGAUUCUCAUGGAGCGAAGUCAGCUACCAGUCAAGAACUUCAAGGAGCAAAUCAUGUCCACCAUUCACAAAAACCCAGUGGUCAUUAUUCGUGGAGCCACUGGCUGUGGAAAGACCACUCAGGUUCCUCAGUACAUCUUGGAUGAGUUCGUACAGGCAGGCAGGGCAUCUGAGUGCAAUAUCGUUGUUACGCAGCCAAGACGGAUCAGUGCUGUGUCAGUAUCUGAGCGUGUAUCAUUCGAGAGAGGAGAGGAGGUGGGGAAAAGCUGUGGCUACAGUGUGCGCUUUGAGUCUGUCCUGCCCAGACCUCACGCCAGCAUCCUCUUCUGCACAGUUGGGGUGUUGCUGAGGAAGCUGGAAUCUGGUAUCCGUGGCAUAAGUCAUGUGAUUGUGGAUGAAAUCCAUGAGAGGGACUUAAAUACUGAUUUCCUGUUGGUAGUGUUGAGAGAUGUGGUCCAGGCUUACCCUGAUGUGCGCAUCAUCCUCAUGUCUGCCACCAUUGACACCAGCAUGUUUAGGGAAUACUUUUUUAACUGUCCUGUCAUUGAGGUGCAUGGACGUGCACAUUCUGUGCAAGAGUAUUUCCUAGAAGACUGCAUACAGAUGACUCAGUUCGUACCACCACCAAUGGACCGGAAGAAAAAGGAUAAAGAUGAAGAUGGUGGAGAGGAAGAUGUGAACUGUAAUGUCAUCUGUGGAUCUGAGUAUACUGCUGAAACCAAGCGUGCCAUGUCUCAGUUGAAUGAGAAGGAAACUCCUUUCGAGCUGAUUGAGGCUUUGCUGAAGUACAUUGAAACGCUGGAAGUACCAGGGGCUGUGCUAGUCUUCCUGCCAGGCUGGAACCUCAUCUAUUCCAUGCAGAAAUACCUGGAGAUGAACCCACACUUCGGUGGUCAUCAAUACCGAAUCCUGCCCCUUCACUCUCAGAUCCCCAGGGAAGAACAGAGACGAGUGUUUGAGCCAACUCCUGAGGGUGUGACUAAGGUCAUUUUGUCCACCAAUAUCGCUGAGACCAGCAUUACUAUCAACGAUGUGGUCUUUGUCCUCGACUCCUGCAAGCAGAAAGUGAAGUUGUUCACUUCUCACAACAACAUGACAAACUAUGCCACAGUGUGGGCCUCCAAGACCAACCUUGAGCAGAGGAAGGGACGAGCUGGCAGAGUCAGACCAGGCUUCUGCUUUUACCUGUGUAGCAGAGCUCGCUUUGAAAAGCUGGAGACCCAUAUGACUCCUGAAAUCUUCCGCACGCCACUGCAUGAAGUGGCCCUCAGCAUUAAGCUGCUGAGACUGGGUGCCAUCGGGAAUUUCUUGUCCAAAGCCAUUGAGCCGCCUCCAUUGGAUGCCGUUAUUGAAGCUGAACAUACACUGAGAGAGCUGGAUGCUCUAGACUGUAAUGAUGAGCUGACUCCACUGGGACGCAUUCUGGCCAAACUGCCCAUCGAACCACGUCUGGGAAAGAUGAUGAUCAUAGGAUGCAUCUUUAAUGUUGGAGAUGCCUUGUGCACUAUCUCAGCAGCAGCCUGUUUCCCUGAGCCCUUCAUCAACGAGGGCAAACGCCUCGGCUUUGUUCAUAGGAACUUUGCGGGCUCACGUUUCUCAGAUCACGUUGCCUUACUCUCUGUCUUCCAGGCCUGGGAUGAAGUCCGGAUGGGAGGUGAGGAUGCAGAGAUCCGGUUUUGUGAGCACAAGAGGCUGAACAUGCCCACUUUGAGGAUGACUUGGGAGGCCAAGGUCCAGCUGAAAGAUAUUCUUGUCAAUGCCGGCUUCCCUGAAGAGUGCCUCCUGAAUCAGGUGUUUAACACUGUGGGACCAGACAAUAACUUGGAUGUGGUGAUCUCUCUGCUGACGUUUGGCUCUUAUCCCAAUGUGUGUUACCACAAAGAGAAAAGGAAGGUCCUGACCACAGAGGGGCGAAAUGCUCUCAUUCACAAAUCCUCAGUCAACUGUCCUUUCAGCAACCACGAUAUGGUGUAUCCAUCUCCUUUUUUUGUCUUUGGGGAAAAGAUCCGAACUCGGGCCAUUUCUGCCAAAGGAAUGACUCUUGUCAGUCCUCUUCAGCUUAUUCUGUUCGGCUCAAAGAAGAUCACCUCCAAUGGAGAAGUUGUUGAGCUUGAUGACUGGAUCAAGUUAAAGAUUCCCCAUGAUGUAGCCGGUGGUGUGGCGGCCCUGAGAGCAGUGAUGGAAGCCCUGGUGGUGGAGGUGACCAAAGACCCAGAAUACAUCAGAAAUUUGGAUCCCACCAAUGAGCGUUUGCUGAACGUCAUUCGGCUUGUGUCUAGACCCUCAUCAGCGGGCAUCAACCUUAUGACCUCCAACCCACGCUUUGGAGAUGGUCCUCGUCCACCCAAGAUGGCACGUACUGACUUUGGUGGGGGUGGAGAGUUCAGGGGCCGUGGAGGAGGUGGAUACAGAGGUGGUGGUGGAUCCUGGUCUGGUGGAGGAUACCAGGGUGGUGGAGGCGGCUUCAGAGGGUCUGGAGGGUAUCGUGGAGGUGGGGGUGGAUACAGGGGAUCUAAUGGGGGUGGAGGAUACAGAGGAGGUGGAGGAGGAGGAUAUGGAGGGAGGGGAUUCAGAGGUGGCUGGGGGGGAAACAGGGGUGGUUAUUAAAGCUAAAUAUCUAGGAUAACAAGGAUAUCUUUGGGAAGGUAUAAAAUUAUAUUUUGAGUUUUGUUGUUGCUUUUUGUUAAUAAUCAGUCUUUUGUUGUUGUUGUUUUUUUUUUUGUUGUUGUUUUUUUUUAAAGAAUGAAAAAGUUGAAACCAUGGCUGCCAUACUGUCAUCUUAAAAUAACUAUUUGUGACCAAUGAUGUUUAAUCGUUUUUAAUAGAUGGCAAAUACAUGUUAAGUGAUGUGUUAUAAUAAAAUAAUUUCUUUUGUA